UUUGGGAGGGAUUAGUUUAAAGAGAAAUACACGUGUGUGCUACUGUUUUAAUAGUGUGGUACAUAAUUAUCUUUAAAUGAAUCUAAAAUAAGCGUUUGAAGAGUUAGCGUUUCAUUUGCACUCCCGUUUAGCUUUAGAUGAGCGGCACGAGCGGCACCGGCACCACACUACGGCACCACCGGUAACACGAGACUCCCUGAGUCAUCCAGAAUCCGAAAGAAGCUCUCCUCACAUGUGCACGUGAGUCAUGGGUUGUUAAACUCAGAAAAGGCUCGCGAUUGCGGAAUGCCUUCCAGUAAAGCCAUAAACAGUUCCCCCGGUGACUGCUGAUGGAGGCGGCUGCGUCAUCGGCCAUUAGGCAGGUGUAUCACCUGGAUGAUACAGAGCCUACCUGAUGCUCCAAGUUCACCUCCGGCCAAUCAGCGCCCUUUGGCCGCUGGUAUUUUAAACGCCAUAAAAGCCUUUUAAACCUAAACGGACUCGGUCUAAGAGGUCGCAACGCCGCCCUAAAAAACUUCCCGUCGAAACCCACGGGGAGUUUCCUGGUUACCGAAAAUGUUGAUUUAGUUGGUUUCAUAAUGUGACGUUUGUAUGACAUCAUGAUCAUUUGACCAGUGUGCAGCGAGCGCACGGAGGAGCUCUCGUGCAGUGCAAGGGGGAAACUGUCGGCGGAACUCGGAACUAUUUACCGGGGCGCGAGAAGGAGACGCCUUUUACCUGUGAUUUCUGAGGGCGAAACAGAUCCGGUCAAACGAGUUUUGAGCUUCAGGUCCACGAAGGAGUGGCGGAAUACGGGGACAGACACGGCGCAGGCAGCGAGAGAGAGAGAGAGAGAGAGAGAGAGAGAGUACUAACGGCUGACCUAGGCUAGUCGAUCCCAAGUUUUGUGUGGACAGGAGAAGGAUCCUUUGGACUUCGGACUCGGACUGGAGAACACAACAACAAGAUUUUAAUCUGCGCCAUAUUACCGGACUGUGGUAUUAAUUACCGCGAAGGAAUAGUUAAGAUAUGACUUUGGACACCCGAUACUCCCGCGCUCCAGUGAAAAUGACCAUCCUGAUAAGUGUCGUCAUGCUCCUGUUUGUUCAAGGGGCGCUCGGCCAGCUGGUGAAGGUGGAUCCAGAGGUGAUGUCAUAUCCGGGUCAGAAUGUGGAAUUGCCCUGCCAGUUCAUCAACCCAGGAAGUACUCAAGUGUCUCAGGUGUCGUGGAUCCUGGAGCCUCCGGAGGGCGAGCGCAUCAACGUGGCCGUGUUCCACCCCACCUUCGGCGCCAGUUACCCAGACUCCCCCGUGAGGGGGCGUGUCUCCUUCACCAACCCCACCCUGGACACGCCCUCCAUCCAGAUCGCCGACGUCAAGAUGACGGACGAGGGACGCUACAUCUGCGAGUACGCCACCUACCCCACGGGCAACGCCCAGGGCAUCACCAACCUCGUCAUGCUGGCCAAACCCCGGAACUCUGCGUCCCCGGUGACGGUCGCCGCGGGUGAUAAGCCGGUGACGGUGGCGCGGUGCGAGUCGGCGAACGGCCGUCCGGCGGCACAGAUCCGCUGGGAGACGGUGGUGAACGGGAACGCCACCACGCUGGCCACGCAGGAGAGCGACAACACCGUGACCAUCCGCAGCGAGUACAAGCUGCGCCCCACCCCCGCGGACAACGGCAAAGACAUCAGCUGCGUGGUCGUCCACCGCACACAGGCCAAGCCAGAGAGCUUCACCAUGAAGCUCACUAUCGAGUACCCCCCCAUGUUGACCAUCGUGGGCUAUGAUAAUAACUGGUAUGUGGGGCGCACCAACGUCGAGCUCACCUGUCAGGCUAAAGGCAACCCCCCCCCCACCACCGUAGUAUGGAGGACCCUCUCCGGUGUGAUGCCUGACACGGUGCAGAUCUCGGAGAACAAGCUGAAGGUUCUGAAGGUGGACGAGACGGUCAACACAACCUUCGUGUGUGAGGUCCGGAACCGCCUCGGCGCCGGGAAGGACCAGGUCACCGUCAACGUCAGAGAUCCUCCAGCAAACCCCUCCAAUGCUGGUGUGGUAGCGGGCGUGGUCAUCGGAAGCCUCCUAGCCCUCCUAUUGGUCGGUGCUCUGGUGGCCAUCUUGGUGACGCAUAACCGCCGACAACAGCAGCAGGGUUACCGAGGCAACCAGAAAAAUGGGGUUUUCGACAUUAAGUCCCGCCUCUUUGGCUCAAAGGCCAGUAAAAAUGGCGGCGGCCCCAGCAACGGCCCUAGCAACAACAACGGACCAAUCUACACCUACAGAGAGGGCGUGUCCGAGGGUGGGCUGACCGAGAAGGCCAAUCAUGGGCUGGGGGGCGUGGCCACGGCACAGGACAUCCUGCUGAGCGGAGAGAUGGACGAGGCGGAGAGGAAGAAGUUCGACGAGCUGGAGGAUGAGGAGGAGCGAUACGACCACUUCACCUCCGCCGGACCCAUCCUCCAGCUCCGUCACCAUGACGACGAGCAUCACAUGCCCUACCUCGACGACGACAUGGAGUCGCAGAGAGACGGGUCCGUCAUCUCCCGGACGGCCGUGUACGUGUAGAGAGACAGACCAAUGGGAUCGCUCCUUUAUCUAGGGAGCAGGACGGGGAGAGGGAGGACAACCAAUAGGAUCGCUCCUUUAUCUAGGGAGCAGGACGGGGAGAGGGAGGACAACCAAUAGGAUCGCUCCUUUAUUUUUCACACAAAUCCUAUUUUUAAUGAGCUGCUCCUGCUCCUGCCUGCGGGACGGACAGACAGACACACGGACGGACGGAGGGACUGGAGGGACUGGAGGAUUGAGGGAACGAGGGAUGAACUGAAAAGACGGGACGGUGUUCUGACCAAAAAAAAAGGGACAAUCUGGCCUUGUGCUCUUGUACUUCCUGUUUGCACCGAUGGACACACACACACACAGACACACACAGACACACACAGACACACACAGACACACACAGACACACACAGACACACA